AUACUAUUAUUAGUUGUCAUAACUGUCGAUACAAAAUGGCCCACGGUCUUUCACCGCCACCCGAUUCUCUGGCUUACACCGACUCUGCUGACCUCAGCUGUCACUGAAAGUUCAUCGAAGAAAAAGAAACAGAAAAUAGGAAAUCCACCCACCAGAUGACCUCCCAAACGAAAGGUUACCCAUUCGGCCCAUUUUUAACUCAAGAAAGAAAAUAUACAAGAGCAACCGGCGAUACCGAAUUUCGCCUGUUCAUUUCCCCCGCACAAAAAUGACAGAGACGCCGUUCUCGAAACUCCCCGACGACGUCGUUCUAAACAUCUUCUCGAAGCUGGAAGACGACCCCAGAAGCUGGGCUUGUCUUGCUUCGGUCUGCGCCAAGUUCUCUUCUCUAAUUCGCAACACCUGCUGGAAACAAAAAUGCUCCAAAACCAUCCCCGCCGUUUGCGCCGAUCUCCUCGCCUCAUCGUCCGCUCCAGCCGGCGGCUGGGCCUCCCUCCACAAGCUGUCAGUCUGCUGCCCAGGCCUCACCCACGCUGGCGUCCUUCUAGAGAACUCCGAUUUCGGCCUCGAACGCGAGCUUGGCCCGGAUGAGAAUUAUCACAAGCCAGCAAAUUCCCAAGCCUUAACGCCGUCCACCGACCCCUGUUCCAGCAGAACGGAAGGGAAUCCGAAUCCAAACCCGGAAGCAGACGCUCCGGAGUCCGAUUGUCCCUGGUCACUUUUUGAUGAUCUAUAUUACGACACCGUUUAUAACCCGUCCGAUUCGACCGACGGUUACCCUGAAGAAACAAUAGAUAAUGGAGCAAUUAAAAUUGGGCGUGAAUUUUCCUCUUGUAAAAGAAGGAAAUUUUCUAGGUCGCUGAGGUCCCAUUUAGCAUCCGGUGUUUGGAAUUUAAGCCGAGAACAAGGAAACAAAUUAUUAGCGAGCCGUUUUCGAGGCGAUUGCUUAUACAUUUGCGAUUGGCCUGGAUGCGUUCACGCUGAGGAGAAGCGAAAUUACAUGCUUUUCAGAGGCAUUUUCAAGAAUUUCAAGAAAUCUCGGGUGUGGAGGACGAUAAAUGAUGGGAACAGAGGCAAGAUUAAUCUGAAUUGCGCGUUUUGCUCUUGCAAAGAGACUUGGGAUUUGCAUUCUGCUUUCUGUUUGAGGCGUGUUUUCGGGUACCAUGACGAUGGAGAGCCUGUUGUACGAGCUUUUGUCUGUGAGAAUGGACAUGUUUCUGGUGCUUGGACUGAUUUGCCUUUGUACACUUAGAGGGAGUGUAUCACAUCAAAAUUACUAGUAAGUAGUUUUAUUGUAAUAAGAGAAAUUUACACUGUGAUAAUUGUUAGAAGUAUUAUUGUGCUUGUUUUAUUUGGGUUUGAGCUUUUCCAUUAAAGAACGAUGUUCUUUUGAAUUUGGUUUUCUUAGAAGAUGAAACUGAGGUGUUUGAGAUAUGGUUAUGUCUAAUUUCUUGAAUAAGUUUGUUUUUGUUAUAUUGGAAUUGUAUCAUUAGAUCAUCAAGUGAGAUUGUGUGCGCAGCCAUUGUUCAAUGAGCUCAACUUUCUGUGAUGGAACGUUGGAAAAUGAAUUUUCACAGUUUAUGAAAA